AUGGGCAAUCAAAUGGGAGGCUUGGAUGGACGUACGUGGUUGGAUGGACGUACGUGGUUGGAUGGACGUACGUGGUUGGAUGAAAGUACGUGGUUGGAUGGAGGUACGUGGUUGGAUGAAAGUACAGUCGUGUUUGUGUUUGAUGGCGAUGGCAUGGCUUGGCUUGGCAUGGCGCAUUGGCUUUCGGCAACGCUUCGGGCACGGCCCGUAUUCCCCAACCCAACUUCAACAUUUCGAAAGAAUCAAUAUAUCAUUGCAAACGACCGCGGCAAACGCUUCCGCUCGCCCACCACAGCCACCUCCCGCCCAUCUGAUCUCCCUACAACUGACCGGCCGUCCGAUUGGUCAUGCACGACCCAAAAUCUCAUUCGUCACCUUAUCUGCACUUCUGCUUGGCCUCCAGACGUACGACAGUCAAUACGCUUGAACUGUGUCGUCAACGAUUGGAUGGGCGCACAUCAGCUUCUACUGGAUCGAUUCGGGAAACAAGUACGCUGGAGUCUGCGUAUAGUACAAGGAGCAUCCUCUCUCUCUCAAGUUCCGACUACACCAAUCCCUUACAGAAUCACCCACUUCCACCCUGAACACCCCGACACCAUCCCCUUCCGCUUUACACUGUUCGCAUCCCCAUUGUGCUCAGGCGACUCCAAGCAUGAUUCGAAGCCUAUGCUGACCUUCUGGUGUUCCCUCCAGGCCGGCCUCAUUCUUACCGUUCCAACUUCCUAUAUUCAGCCGCAGACCCUUCCGCCCUACGCCGUCAACUUGGACAGCGUCGUUCUCAACAACCCGGACGGCGACACUGAUCCCUACCCACUCCUGCAGCCUUCUCGUCUUACGCAGCGAGUCUAUGCCAAUAUUACCCUUGGCUUUCUCGCUGGUCAAGGCACCGCCAAGCAUGGCUGUCCUUCUCGUAUUGUCUGGAGCACCAAUGAUGUGAAUCCUUACACAUGCCUAACCUUAUCCAUUCUAGAUCCUCCUUAUAUCUCUGCCAACCAGGUUCACGACUUGCUCCACGAUGCCCCAAUUCCGACCCAGUACGGUCCCGCAGUCUUCCGUCUUCUCCUCGGGCGCACCUUGGAUUUCAUCCAGAAUCAUGUCAAUUCCGAGAAGCUUCCUAACGCAAUCGUGAUCCGCGACAAUAUGGUUUUCUGGAAGAAGCAUACGCGUGCCUGGUCGAAGCUACAAUCUCCCAGCAUGGAGGACCUCAAGAAAGAGACUUCGGAUAGCCUUCGAUCACACGAGCCGCCGACAGUCACUUAUGGCAAGAAGGUCCUUGUUGACACCGUAGUCGCUGAGAUUGCAAGCUCCGGAAUAUGGGACAUUGCUCCUCCAAAGGCCAAAGUCCCGUCCAAGGCAAAAGGCUCUUCCAAGGCAAAGGACUCUUCGAAGAAGCCACCAUCUCGUGGCACGCGCUCGGCGUCUCUCAUCGCACCCGUCCCGACAAGCCCAGCUCCCUCUCAUCGGCAGCGUCAACAGCAGGACGGACCUACCACCCCUCUCCAUAACCCUCCCGCACCAGUCUCUUCCAAGGCCAAGGCCUCUUCGAAGGAGCCAUCUCGCGCCACUCGCUCGGCAUCACCACCGACAAGCCCAGCUGCCCCUCGCCAGCACCAUCGACAGCACAAGACACACCUUAUCUCUCCUUACAGCCCACCGGGCACGCCAGCCACCUCUCCUAUCCCGUCUACUGCAUCUGAAGCCUCUCAUCAUCCGACCUCUCCGCCCUCCUUCUACGCUUCCCCGGCGAGUGUUCAAUCAAUGCUAGACGGUGGAGGAGCACACAAGCUUAUGGAACUUCUGAAGGAGCAAGGCUCUCGCUGCCGCCAGCGCGCCUCUGAACUCAAGGCAGAUCUUCGCGCAGAGGUCUUGGAUCGCAAGCUCGAGCAUGAGAGACUCGCCGCACAGUGUUCCGCCAGCACCAACGACCUCCUCAAGGCCCACUGCACCCUCAACGACUCCCUCUUUGAGCCCGCCGCUCAUCUGCUACCGAAGCACAACUUUGAGCCCGUUUCGUCGGUUGGCAAGCCGCUCAUCUGCUACCGAAGCACAAUUGCGCGCCCUGCAGAAGGAAAUGCAAGUACGGAGAGAGGAGGUGGAAACAUUGGUACAUGUACGGAUUGCAGGAAGAAACCGGAAGAACCGCAGCUGGUAUGCGCCAUCUUCUUUUUAUUGUACACGAUUCUCGCGUCUUCCUCUAAUGGAAUUUUUUCAUGUACUUUUCACCGGCGACCAACCUCGAACACUUCGGCAAGCAGCCUCAACUUCAUCCACUCUAUGCGUAAAAACACGAGCAGCAUUUAUUUGCACAACAUACUUUCCACGAUAGCGCUCGUCCUCCCGCAAGUAAGCUUCAAUCGGCUCAUGUACAUUUGA